AUGGAAGCCGUCUUCAUCAAAUGUGCCAAGCCGGCCAUCUACCACGAGCUGCAGCAAUGCCUUCAGCCCUUCGUCUACUGGCACGUCACCGAGUCCGUUCAAGAAGGAUACAACCCCGAGGCCAUCGGCGAGCUACAGGAGGAGGUCGAGGUCGAAGCGCUCGUACUUGAGCGUGGCUCAACUGCACGCGAUCAUGCUCUUGGCUACUUUAUCUCUCUGUUCCACCACUACUUGGCCCGACAGUCCGGUGCCGCCAACAUCGAUGCGGCCAUCGACGCACUCCACGCCGACCUCGACAAGGAGACCCCUGUUGCACCUUUCAACGACUUCCACCUCGACACAGCGGAUAUUUACGCCUACAUCGAGGAAGAGAGGCAGAACGCUGGUAUCAUCGCUGACGAUCCGGACUGGCACCAACGACCCAAAGUCACCGCGAGUCAGCAGUGGAACGCUCUUUUCAAAAAGUCGCUCGAACAGACCCGCGUAGCCUACGUGCAGGCUUGCGAGCGUUUCGAGCAUCGCUUCAAGCUCGGAUCGGAAGCUGAUCUCGAGCUGGUCCAGCUGCUACCCGACGACAAGCUCGCCGAUCUCGCUUCCGAGUUCAGGGCCAAGCCUCGCCACGUUCCGGCUCCGCCUUCCGCUCCGGCUGGCAAGGAGAGCUUCUGGGCCAAACGCAUUGGCAGCGAGCACACUGCCACCUCGAAGCAUGUGCCAGAGUUCGAACCAGCCCACCUUGUUCAAGCUGGCCAGCAAUUCAGGUCAGCCUGCAUCGAUGCUGUGAGAGCACACACAGCCACUUCCCACGCAGCGCCAUCCGGCAAGGACGUCGACGUAAUCCUUUCCCAAGCGCUGAAUCUGGAGACGAACCCAACAAAGCUCGUCGAGCGCGCAUCGCAGCAGUGGACAUCGUGCACCCCCAAAUCAGCUUCUCCAGACGAAGAAGCCAUCAUCCGCCGGGCCAAGGACUCGCUCAGCUCAGCACUCCGCAUCCUCGCCAGGCGGGAUGGUCAGCGCAACAUCGAUCUGCGCAUCGACGCACUCAACCUCCGCGGUCACAUCAAUCGCCGACUUGCAGAGCUCAAACCACAGCACGAGGCGAAUUAUCUCAGCCGUGCGGUGACAGAUUGGUCGGCGAGCGCAGAGCUGGAUGCGGGGCAGAGAGACAUCAUUGAGGUGCUCGCGGAGACAGAGUUGCGCAUGGAGUCGUUCGCUAAGAGCAUUGCUGCAUCAGAGGAUCGGGAGAUGAGCGUGGACAAUGGCACACCUGAUCGCGGGAAGCAGCCCGCGUCGCCUGUCUCUCCGCAGGCAUCUGGAAAGCCGACGUCACCACGUAAAUCCAAGGCCGAACGAGCCUCGUGCUCAUCCGUCGCAUCCACCACGCCCUCCGACGCGACCACCACCAGUCCGCCCGCCAAGACACGCGAACCGACCAUCCUCUCCUCGCCCUUCUUCCGCACAGACCUGGUCACAGGGCUGAUGGUGGACACGCUUCUAGCGCUGUCGUUCCCGCACCGUGCUUUCCGUGAAACCCUGCGCCUUCCCUCGGCAGCCUCACUGGCCGCAGCGGCGCAGGACCACGUGCCCAUGCUCGAACGCCUCGCUCGCGCACACCAGCAAACAACCAAGUCAUUGACCCCCGAGAACAAGGCGCAGCUCACAGAGGCGGUCAAGGCUGUGUCCGCGGUGCUUGCAUUGCCCGACGUGCAGGGUGGAGCGGGUGCAGAGGGUCUGUUGCGACGAACAAGUUUGCGGUUGGUCCUCGGCACCAUGUGGUUGUUGCAAGGAAGCACGGUCAAGGCGGGGACCGAGCUCGGCCUGGUUUCCGAUGCGCUGCGCCCAGACACCCGUGCCAAGGCGGGGAAGGGGAAGGCGAAGUUCACGCCAAACGCGGAGGCCGGCGGAGAACAGGUCAGCGAUGGAGCAGCGAUACGUCAGAUGCAAAGCCGCGUGCAGGGAACAGCGCUGUUUCUGCUAGCCAAAACGUGCUGGUUGGCAAACAAGGUGCAGGAGGCGAUCAAGUUUUUCCGGUGGUUUGUCAAGUGGUAUUCGGAGCAGCAGGCGGAGCGCGUGGCCGAUGCGCGCGAGCGCGUGGCCGAUGCGCGCGAGCGCGAGUCGGACAUCGAUUCUGGUCUGGGAGAGGGCGAGGAGGCGACAACGAUCGAGCUGGAGGAGCUCGACAUGGCGUGGUGGGACAAGGUCGUGGUCGUCACCAAGACCUGA